GGCAACCUUCCAUCUCGGCCAUCACUCCCUCGAUUAGCCGAGAAAAACCAAACCAUCCGCCGGAGCCCGGAGGGCAGCAGAUUCCUCCUCCUCCCCAGCCCGCCCGACGCGAAUCCGCGGCGGAAUCCCUCCUCGCCGCCCUCGAGACGCCACCGGGCUCCGUCGCGCGCGCCUUCUCCCCGCCCGCCCGGGCUCGCCGGGGGGUUCCGGGAUGCCCUGCUGCCCGCCGCUGCUGCUCGGAGUCGGGCCGCGGCUGCGCUCCUUCCUCCGCGACUACGACGCGCUCCAGUCCCUCGCCCUCGCGCUCAUCUACCUCCAGAUUGGUUGUGCACUUAUCGGAUCACUUGGGGCAUUGUUCAAUGGGGUUCUUGUCAUCAACCUGGUGAUUGGUCUAUUUGCUGUUGUUGCGAUUGAGAGCAGUAGCCAGAGACUUGGCCGGACAUAUGCUGUCCUUCUCUUCUUCGCUGUCGUCCUUGAUGUUGCUUGGUUUAUACUCUUCUCACAUGCUAUCUGGACUAUUACUCCUGAUGAGAAGUAUGGCGAACUUUUUGUUUUCUCACUCAGAUUAGCAUUAUGGAUGCAAAUCAUUGGGUUUUCAGUCAGGUUCUUGUCUUCAUUCAUAUGGAUCCAGAUGUAUAGGUUAGGGGCCUCUUCCAGCACACCAACAUAUUUUGACGCAAAUCAUGAAGUACGAAAUAGUUUCUUAAGCCCAAGAUCUGAUUCAGUUAGACGGAGUUCCAUGGCAGACGAUAUAUUGGGAGGUUCAAUUUAUGAUCCUUCUUAUUACUCGUCACUCUUUGAGGAUGGUCGAAACAAUGCAUGCAAUCAUCAGGGUGAUAAACAAAGUGGUAGUAAUGACAGUGGUUCAACAUCGGCGGGACAAUCUCCACGACUUAAAUCUUUCUCUUGUAGAUCUCUUCUGACUAAUGAUGUGGAAAGUGGACUAAGAAGACCCCUGAACCCCUAGGGCUCACGUUGAAGACAGAUUAUUUUGCAAACCAAAGUCCUGUAGCUAUCGUUCUUUUUGAAGCAUAGAGAUUUGUACAGCGCAAAGUUCAUUUGUCAAACCAGGGGGGGUGGCCCGACAAAAGGAGAUCGGCACAGUAACAGUGAUGGCCUGUGUUGCUGGGUGUCCACUAUCCACAAGACUACAAGAGUCUUGGUGCCAUUGUGGAGCGCCAUUUCUGUUAGGCGUACUUGAGCCGGAUUGGUUUCAGAAAGAGCAGUUGAGUGUUGAUGUUGCACAUCUGUUUAUGCCAUGGGACUUGUUUUCCUGCUCAGUAUGGUCCAUUUUUCAGACCUCUGGCCUGCCUCAUUUCUCUGAGCUGUCAAAGAAAACGAAGUUGGUAGUUCAUUAGUUCUUUAGUCACUUGGUUCUACUCUAGCUUUAGGCUGGCAGUUGCUUCUUCCCUAGCAUUUUGGUCAUUGUUCAUAGUGUUUAUCUUGACAAGGUGCACAUCUGGAUCAGUAAAGGAAAAGAAAAGUGAAUCUCAUUAGGUUCUUGAAAGAAUUCUGUUUUGGGACUCUAUUUAAA